CCGUGCUUUCUUUUUUUUUCUCUGUCUCGCGCUCAGUCUAAUUUGUUUCGGUUUUAAAGGGAAAGUACCGUCUAUUUAAAAGCAGAUGAACGCUGCCGCUGCUCUGCACUGUACCUGCUUUUAGGUGCGCUAUGAUAUGUACUUUUAUCACUUCUGUUUUCUUUUAUUUCAAAAUAGAGCGCCACUCCUUGUCAUGGAGUUUAUCUGAAAUACUCCAGUGACACAAACGGAAACUUACUCAUGAUUUGAAUGCUGCCGGUUAGGUUUGAUGAGGAUGGGAAUUUCGCACAGCUGGUCACUGUGGAUAGAGUGUCACUGAAGGACGAGAGGUUUUCCCACACCUGAGAGUCCAUCAGACCCCAGAGCUCCUCACCCCCGGUUGAUGCCGAGGAUCAUGACUAUGAACGGUGACCACCAGUCGGUCGCCACAGCUCCGCUGGAUCUGCGCACCUCCAACCGAGAGCGUGGGACUACAGACUGCAAAGGUCGCGUCGGGGACGCCCGAGUGACCAGUGGCUCACCUGCGCCUCCUUCAUGCACGGGAAUGGACACGGGAAUGGCGUGUCAGCUGCCCCAGCUGACACGCUGCCCCACAGGCAGAGUUGCACAGGGUUCAAAAAACAGUCCAGACCGUAAGCGGCCAGCGGACGAUUCUUCCCUCAGGCUUCCUUUUAGGAAACGUCCGAUUCCCGUGGAGCUAGAGACUCAGAGCCAGUCACCGGCUCCUGCAGACCCCGAAGACCGUCUCUCCCCUGUGGUAGAGACGGACGUCACAUCCAGGAUCAGUCGUUUGGAAAGAGUCGAGGAUGACAGCAGGAUCGUUGCAGGACCAGUGAUUCCCAGACAGUUUGAAGAGACACGACAAAGUCACAAUGGAUAUCCCAUCUUUUUGCGUUACUUUGAAUACGGCAUCCCAAUGUACUGUUUACCCCCCAUCCCAGAGCCGAGCCAUACUGUGAUCCUCCAAACAGAAAACCUGCUGUCUGGCAUCGCUGUGGCUACACGACAAGAUGAAGAUGGAGACACAGCUCUUCACAUAGCUGUGGUGCAGGAAGAACAGGCCAUCGUCUGCAAACUGAUUCAACUCCUUCAGUUGGCACACAGAAGCCUAGAUAUCUACAACAACCUUCGCCAGACGCCCCUUCAUCUGGCGGUGAUAACCCAGCAGGCGAAGAUGGUAGAGGCUUUGUUGAGUGCAGGGGCCGACCCUACCACCUUGGACCGUAAUGGCCAAACAGCGCUCCACCUCUGCUGCGAGUAUGACCAGCAUGACUGUCUGUCUGUUGUGCUGUCUAGCUCCUUGUCAUCUGCAUGCCUGGAAAUCAGAAACUUUGAAGGUUUAAGCCCUCUACAUUUGGCUGUGCUGCGUGGACGUAAGGACUUGGCUGGCAUGCUUUUGGAUGCAGGAGCUGACAUCAAUGCCAUGGACAUUAAAAGCGGCCAGAGUCCUGUCAUGCACGCAGUGGAGAGCAAUAAUGCAGACAUGGUCCACUUCCUCAUUGAGAGAGGUUGUGAUGUCAACAGCCAGUCAUACAGUGGGAAUACGGCUCUGCACAGCGCCUGUGGCCGAGGUCAGGUGGACACGGUGCGGCUGCUGCUGAAGAGUGGAGCUGACAGCAGCCUCAAGAACUACCACAAUGACACUCCAGUGAUGGUGGCCAAGAACAAGAAAAUAUCAGAUGUGUUACGAGGAAGAGGCUCCGUCCACAUAAAAGUUCAAGAUCAGCAUUCUGUCUCUAACUCACCGUAUGCAAGCAGCUUGACAGAAAUUGGGUCCCCAUCUCCCAACCACAGUCGAGGAUGUUCACCGUCUACCACACCACAAUCCUCUCAUCAUAGCAACUCUCACUCCCCAAAGACUCCAUCUACACUUGUAUUUCCAUACUUUUAGCUCAAAGCUACUGUCAAAUGCAGCUUGCAACUACCUCCUCAGAGCUAACCAGCUCAGACUUCACUGCCAAAGAGAAUAUUGAUGAGAUGGUUCAACCAAUGGGAUGACAUCAGGAAAAAAACUGAAGCUGAAGUAAGAAAUCCCCACAUGACUUCUGUUCCUGGACGUUGAGACAAAAGGCAGAAAUAAGUGGUUUCCCUCUCACAGUGGAUUUGAAACAACUACUGUAAAGACAGAAAUGGUUAAACUGUGAACUUAAGGCUGCUGUAGACAUCAGCUGAGUCUCUCCCUAUCCACAUAUGCAGGAAGUGAAAUGUGCAAACACAUGCAAUCAAAGGCUACAUGUGGACCUUUGUUUAUACUGCACAGAGAUGUCAGAUAAAGAUGGACAAGGACAAAAGAAGAGAUAUUUUUAAAAGUAUUGUGGCAUUUAAAAUAUUAUGGAAGUAAGACCAGAAAUAGAAAUAGCUGUAAACUAUGGGGCAAUAUUGGAGGGAUUACAUGCAACACAGGCAAUUUUUUUUUACAGAUUUUGCCUACUUUAAAGCUCCUGUGAGGACCUGUUGGUUUGUAUUGAGUGUAUUAUUAUAUAUCAUUCUGUUUAUAUGUAAGUAGUAUUUUUUUAAAAAUCCUACUGUAUUUCAAUCAUCAAAUGACCUAUACGUUGAAAGGCUUUGUGGUAGAAUAUGUGACAAAAAAAAUCAGUUUCAGCAGCAUGCAACUUCUUGCUUUGUUUGACACCUUCCCUGCAAUGCUGCUGCAGACUUAAGGCAUUAACAAUAGAAAUGGUCACCGGUGGUUUUGUUUCUUUUGUGGAUUUCAUAGAGCUGAUUUCAGUCCUUGUCAUAACCAGUUAAAAAUUCCUCAUAGGAGCUUUAAGGAUGAAAGCAUAAAUUGACAUGCCUUACACUGCACAGUCAAAUGCCUUUUUUUGUGAAGUUUAAUGAUAUGUCAAGAGUAAUUACGCGAUGUUUUUGUAUUUUUCCACUGUCAAACGUUGUGAAUAUGUUUUAUAAAAAAAUA